UGAGGGAGGAGGAGGCUCCUGAUCAGGGUCUAGGUGAGUCUGAUGAAUCCUGAUUGGAUGCAGCUGUGCAGAUAUCUGCCUGGAGCCUCAGCUCCUUGAAUGAGGUCCUGGAAAGUCCUGGAUCAGGAGUGUCUGAGGAGCUCAGCCAUGGAUGAGUCGGCGUUGGAGCGAUACUUUGAUGACUCAAUAGCAGAUGACUCCAACUUCAUGCUGGGGGAAGGCCUGGACCUACAAACCCCUGUCCAACCUGCACAGAGCCCCGCCCCCUCUGUUCAGGACUCCUCCUUCCUGUCAAUGAAGGCAGAGCCAGAGCCAAGCGAUGAGCUGGACCUCAGCUUCCUGCCUGAUGACCUCAGCUCACAGGAAGAGACUGGUCGUCAUGACAACAAUGCUGAUGGUCAGACCACUGAUCCCAACGUGUCUCAGGACAGUGGCGUCUUCACUGACUUCAACUCCCAGGAUUCCACUACAGCUGACAGCCAGCAGGGGGUGCCACUGUCCACACAUUUGACCUCCCCCUUCUGCCCUAUGACCCCCAUGACCCCAAUGACCCCGAUGACCCCGGUGACGGAGAAGUCAGGGAUCAUCCCCCAGCUACAGAACAUCGUCUCUACGGUGAACCUGGGCUGUCCUCUGGACUUGAAGUUUAUCGCCCUGCAGGCCAGAAAUGCUGAGUACAACCCAAAGCGCUUUGCAGCUGCAAUCAUGAGAAUCAGAGAACCCAGAACCACAGCGCUCAUCUUUAGCUCAGGGAAGAUGGUGUGUACAGGAGCUAAGAGCAUGUGCAGUGAGGAGCAGUCUCGGUUAGCGGCCAGGAAGUACGCUCGUGUGGUUCAGAAGCUGGGCUUUCCCGCUCGCUUUCUGGAUUUUAAGAUCCAGAACAUGGUGGCAAGCUGUGACGUUUGCUUCCCCAUCAGACUGGAGGGACUGGUCCUGACCCACCAGCAGUUCAGCAGUUAUGAACCAGAGCUGUUUCCUGGUCUGAUCUAUCGGAUGGUGAAGCCUCGCAUUGUUCUCCUCAUCUUUGUGUCUGGGAAGGUGGUCCUGACCGGAGCUAAAGAGCGAGCAGAGAUCUAUGAGGCCUUUGAGAACAUUUAUCCAAUCCUCAGAGGAUUCAGGAAACAGUGAGGAAGGACCUCUGACAUCACUUCCUGUUACUUAAGUUUAUAAAAUUAAACUUCCUGUUUAUGUCUUUUAUUUAAACAUGGAGGAUCGAGACUGUUUGUUUGUUUUAGAGUCUCUGUCAAAGAUUGAUCCUGAUGAGAAUAAAGUCAUCUUCACUUCUGUU